UCUUACUCAUCUUCAUCAAAUUUGAAUCAAAUUUGAACAAGUCAGCCAUCACUCCCAGCUCACUCACGCUGGUACUUGCCCUGAUUGAAUCGAUCGUUCGAUGUAUGUAUACAGCAUCAUGGUCACACUGCAUCGCCUUCCGCUAUACGCGGGCCUUCGCAACAACCGUCGCGUCCUCAGCGGCAGUGCGCGUGCUGCCCGAGCACCUCACGCGCGCAUAGCAUUCUCAACCUCUCGCCUGUGUCUCGAUGAGAAGACCAGUUCGAAAGACGCGCCAGGUCAAGGGGCCGAGCCGAAACACUGGGAGUACGACUUCACCUUCCAGACCCAGAUGAGCAAGAUCGUCUUCAUUGCUGGUUUGGCGCUGGUCGGGUCGCUGGGCUGGUAUCGGGAUGCUCGUGGCUGGUGGACAGGUGUUGCGGAUGAGGGCGAAGUUUAGCCACUGCCUCUGAAUUUGGAUGUGCAAGGGUGCGGCUUGGGGGUGAGGACUGAUGGUAAUGUCGGGCCAAUUAUGCAUCCGACAUUAUAGCUGAUGACUAGUGACGGCCUCACAUAAUCAGUGAAGAACAAUAAGGAUGGUCAUUCAGCGGCAGGGCUCUUGGUCUUGGGCUGCAUCGGUACUUUCAAGGACUGUACAGGGAGUGGGAGGGAGUUCUCCCAAGUAUUCUGACUUGUAUACCAUCGAAAUUCGAGCAGGCAUAUUCACCAAUCUGUCCAUAGCGGUCAAGCUUGGUCUGAAUUGUAGAUUAAAGAUAAGUUGCUCUUUUCCGAUCCCUUGCACUCAUCCACCGAGUCCAGCGCUGGCAACAGAUUCAAUGAAUUGGCCCUUCAGCCUCUGCGUUCCCGAGCUAGACAUGACGGGACUUGAAUGCAUUUGAGAGAGU